AUGUCUGUCGCGCAUGGAGUGCGAAGACUUGGUGUCCUCGGAGCAGGUCAAAUGGGUCUUGGAAUAACCUACGUCGCGGCACUUCACGCACGAGUUCCCGUGCUGCUGUAUGACCGCUCUACAUCACAAAUACAGAAUGGCCUCAACUUGAUGGAUAAACUCCUCGCCAAGGACGUGAACAAAGGGAAGCUGACCGCAGAGCAGGCAAAGGAAGCUCGUGAAAGGGUCACCGUCGUUGAUCAAAAUAGAGGAAUAACAGCCAUGAGAGAUGUUGACAUGGUCAUCGAGGCUGCAUCGGAGAAUCUCCAAUUGAAGCAAUCGAUCUUCCGCAGUAUAUCGGCGGAAGUGUCCCCCAGUGCCAUUCUGGCCUCAAACACGUCCUCGAUUAGCAUUACGAAGAUUGCUGCCUCUACCAUCCCUGAAGGCAGCUCCGCUGCAGCUGAGGCGGGAAAGAAGAGCGCGUCGCGUGUCGUCGGCUUGCACUUCUUCAACCCUGUUCCUGUCAUGAAACUGGUGGAGCUUAUAUCAGCGCUGCAGACGUCGCAGGAGACUCUUGAUCGAGCGCGCGCUUUUGCUGUUGCGUGCGGAAAGGAGGUCACGACAUCACAAGAUGUCCCCGGCUUCGUGUCUAACGCACUCCUUAUGCCAUUCAUCAAUGAGGCGAUUAUGUGUCUCGAAAAAGGCACUGCGACUCGAGACGACAUUGAUAAGACGCUCAAGUUGGGCAUGAACCAUCCUAUGGGCCCGUUGCAGCUAGGUUCCAUUGGACUCGACACCUGCCUCGCAAUUCAACAGACGCUCUAUGCUGGCACCGCUGACUCCAAGUAUCGGCCGAGCAUACUUCUGGAGCGCAUGGUGGACGCAGGCUGGUAUGGGAAGAAGAGCGGCAAGGGGUUUUAUGAAUAC